UAAAUCUCACAUUUCUAGUAUAUAUAAACAACCAUACAUUCAAAAUUAUAGAUAUACAUACACAAAUCACAAUAUACAUCUAAAUAAAUAUGAAGGGUAAUAACAAAAAAUUUCUUGCAUUUUCUCGCUUAAGCUCCGAUAAAACAUGGUCAACCGCCGUGGGUGGAUUAUUCGGGUUCAUUGUAGGCGCAUUAAUCGCGUCAUCCUUCAUGGGCCCCACGAUCCAGUGGACCAACCCGGCCACCACCACACCUAUCCAACUCAAGGCAAUCCUUCACUACGCCACAUCCAAAGUUGUGCCACAACAAACCCUAGCUGAAGUAACGGUGUCGUAUAAUGUCCUACAAUUUUUAAGCCCGUGUAACUUUUUAGUAUUUGGGCUGGGAUACGAUUCCCUAAUGUGGGCCGCACUUAACCCAAAUGGGACAACCGUCUUUCUAGAAGAGUCCAAAGAGUGGGUUACCAAAGUUCUGAAAAACGCGCCAUUUCUUAACGCUCAAACGGUGUCGUAUCGAACAAAACUCAAAGAUUCUGACCGGUUACUGGAAAGUUACCUGCAAGAUCCAGAUUGUCGCCCAAAUAGAGCAUUUCUAAAGGGUAAUAAGCACUGUGUAUUAGCAUUGGAAAGUCUACCGGAAGAAGUGUAUGAGAGAGAAUGGGAUGUGAUUAUGAUCGACGCGCCGAGAGGGUACGGGCCGGAUCACCCAGGGAGAAUGGCGGCGGUAUUUUCCGCCGCCGUGAUGGCCCGUCAAAGGAAAAGAGAUGGAAAUACACAUGUAUUUUUGCAUGAUGUUGAUAGGAAAGUAGAAGAAAUGUUUGCUAAAGAGUUUUUGUGUAUGAAAUAUAAAGUUGGUGGUGCUGGGAAAUUGUGGCAUUUUGAGAUCCCACCGGUUAGAGAUUUUGAUAACGGUGGUAACUUCAAAUUUUGUUAGGGAGGAUAUAAAAUUUUUUUAGUUGUUUUAUUUUUAUUUUUAUCAAUUUUUUACCUGAAUAUCUUUAGUUCACACAAGUAUAAAUAUACCCUCAUAUACCUUACUUACCUAACUAUUCUUCACUACUUACCCUUUACUACUUACUUUUUUUAAUGAACUCCACACUAUCCUUAAAUAAUCGUGCCCAAGCAAAUAAGACAUCUAAAUUGGUUCGGAGAGAGUAUAAGUUAUGGAAUAUUAAUUUUUGAUAAUUUUAUUUAUCUUUUUUUUUUCAAUAUUUUGAGUUAUAGUAUGAUCUGUUUAGAUCCAUGCGUUUUUAAUCAUUUUUUUUUAUUUGCUUUGGGACUUGGGGAUUUCUAGAGAUAGGAGGGAAAAUAAAUUAGGAGUAAUUUAUUCUGUAAUUAGUGAAAAUCAUAUCCAGUAGUCAGUAGUCACAAAAGCGAAGGAAACGCUCUCAAAAACAAUCACUAACUAAUACAUAUAACGUUCUUUUGAGUCUACCUAUUUGACCAUUGUAUAUGAAAUUUUUUAUUUAUUAAAUGGACAAACUCUAAAUAUAAAUAAGUUAUAAAAAUUUAUUUUGGCAA